AUGUUUAACUAUAACAACAUAAAUAAUUUCUAUAAAAACAAUUUAUUAACUUAUACUAAUAAUAAUAAUAAUAAUAAUAAAAAUAAUAAUGAUGAUAACAAUGAGGAAAAUGAAAAAUUAAAUUAUUUGUUUUUCAAAGUUUUUAAAAACCAAUUUCUAAGAUACAAGAUCUUAUAUUUUUGUCAAAUAUUUAAAAUUCAUCAACAUCAAAGAUUCUUUUCAAUAAAAACAUUUUAUAGCUAUAAAUACAGAGACUAUUGCAAUAAUGUAUUAUUAAUAUUUGAUAUGGAAGUUAAUAAUAAUAAUAAUAAUAAUAAUAAUAAUAAUAAUAGUAAUAAUUAUAGUUAUAAUAGUAGUUUUAUCAAUAAUAAUAACAUCAAUAGUAAUAAUAAUAAAAAUGAUAUUUUAAUAAAAAGUUAUAAAACUGAAAACUAUUACAAAUUAAUAAAUUUUUUAAAAUAUAAUAAUAGUAUUAGAGUAUUAAAGUUUGGUGAUAUUUUUAAUGAAGAAAUCAAAGAGUCAAUGAUACCUAGUUCAGUCACAGAUCUUUCAUUUGGAGAUACAUACAACAAUAAGAUUAUGCCAUUUUCAUUACCACCAAGUGUUACUAGAGUUAAUUUUGGUUUAAGCUUUAAUCAAAAAUUAGAAGUUGGCAGUUUAAGUAAUGGUGGAAAUAUAGUUGAAAUUAAUUUUGGCUAUAGUUUUAACAAGCCUUUAAAAGGUGUGUUACCCGAUGGUCUUUUAUCAGUUAGAUUUGGUCCAGAGUUUUCACAAAUACUAGAGCCGGGAAUGCUUCCAGAUUCACUCACUUCAAUUAUAUUUGGUGAUAAGUUUGAUAGUCCUCUGGUACCAGGGGUUUUGGGCCAAAAUCUUAAAUUUUUAUUUCUAGACAAGGGUUUCAACAACCCGUUGUAUCCAGGGGUUUUACCAGCUACUUUAACGAAACUAAUAAUAAUUGGUAACUUUAACUAUCCCCUACAAAUUGGAUCACUUCCUUCCUCACUUACCGAUCUUCAAUUACCAAAUGAAUAUUCGCAACCAUUGAUUCAUGGUGUUUUACCGAAUGGGCUACUAUCAUUUCAUUUCGGUUAUCUUUGUACCAAGCAGCCAUUGCUUUCAGGAUCUCUUCCCUCUUCCAUUACAUUCUUAGAUAUUAAUAGAUGUUGCCAUAGUAUUGGACCUGGUAUUAUACCACAAAAUACUAUAAAGCUAACACUGGGUUACCACUUUGACCAGCUUUUGCUUGCUAAUUCUUUACCAUCGAGUCUAAUGGAAAUUGUUUUGGGUUUUGACUUUAAAGAAAUCAGAUCGAAUGCAUUUUGCUCACCAUCAAACCUUGUCCGUUUUAAAUCCUACAGCCCAAACGUAUUAAAAAUUCAACCUGAUACAAUUCCUUCAUCAUGCACAGAAUUAUUGUACAACUCUAUACUUUAUUCAGGGUCAAUUCCACCAAAUGUAACUGAUUUAACCUUUGGUACCUAUUUUUCAUCACCGAUUAUAGCCAACUCUCUCCCACAAAAUUUAAAAAAGCUCGAAUUUGGUCCAUAUUUUAACCAUCAUUUAGACCAUCCACUACCUUCAUCUUUAACCUCUUUAAAGCUGGGCGCAGGAUUUAACCGAAUAAUACCUCCUUCAAUAAUUCCUUCGAGUUGUACAACUAUAUGCUUUGGGUACUCAUUUAACCAACCACUCACAAACUCACUUCCUAUAGGGGUUCAAAUAUUAAAGUUUGAUAAAAGCUUCAAUCAAAUAAUUAGACCUAAUGAUAUACCGCAUUCAGUCAAAUAUCUUUCACUCGGUGGAAACUUUAAUAAACCUCUUCUCCCAAAUAGCCUACCCACAGAUUUGGAAACUCUUAUAUUAAGUUCGAAAUUUAAUCAAUCCAUAGAAGUUGGUUUAUUAGAAAAUUUAAACAAUUUAAAAAAAUUGCAAUUUGGUUAUUAUCAUCACACAAAAAUUAUACCAUAUUCUCUUCCAUCCACACUAACAGACUUAAGAUUGGGUCAGGAAUAUAACUUUCCAAUGGAAGAGGGAACAUUGCCACCCAAUCUAACUUCGCUUACCUUUGGUGACGACUAUAACCAACCAUUAGUAUAUCUACCUAAAGAUUUGGUCGAUUUAAAACUAGGUAGAAACUUUAAUAGAUUUGAUUAG